AAUCGUCAGUCGUUUUGUGUGUCACAUUUUUUCGGUCAUGUUUGUAGUUCAGUGAUAGUGAUGGCGGCGUCAAGGUUACCACCAACUGCUCUUUCUUUAAAGCAGUUUUUACAGAGGAAGCACGUGUUGGGGAUCUACAGGAGUAUGUUGAAGACCAUACGGCGAGUGCCCGAUGAGCGAGACAGGAAGUACCUGAGAGACUGGGCAAGGGGUGAAUUUAAGAGGAAUAUGCAUGCCACAGACCAGGAUGCCAUCCGCAUGAUGAUCAAACAAGCAAGCAACCAUCUGGAAGAUCUUCAGAGGUCACUGGCACUGGCAGGGAACUAAAGGCACCGAAGAACGUUUGUUCCCCAUUGAAGCAGAACGUUCAUGAGGACGAUGAUGUUGAUCUCAGUGGUGUUUGAUGGUGUUCAUGAAGCUCCUCACCACCUUCCUAAUACGUUGGACUGCCUCUACACGACGCUAUCAGCAUCUUAAUAGCUGCCAACACGAGUGUGUUAAGCACACAAGUGCACAAAUUCAGACGCAGUCUUUAGUACACGACGUUUGUCGGCGUCAGUGUUAUAACUGUAUUUUUGCACUAAAUACAUUUUGAUACACACGUGGCCAAGAGUCCACGUGUUCUACUGUCGUCUUUUGUCUGUUUUUGUGAAAUAAAUGUGUCAUAUAUAACAAUAAAUGCAUAUUAUUUGGACCUAAACACACAAAUAAUGGCUGAUGUCGUCAACAUUCCCCAACACAUUACUAAAAAAGAUGUGGAGUCGUACACGUUUGACCACCCAGUAAUCAUACAGCAUUACAUGGUACAUUUGACAAAUCAAUCCAUUUAUUUAAAACUAUUAAGCAAAGUAUUUUAUUCAUUGAUCUUUAUGAAGUUAUGUUUAUUUAUUGCUGAAUUUAUUCUGUAUUUUUUAUGUAUUGUUUGUCAAUUUUUAUGCUCCUGCAUUUAUUAUCUUUUAGGUAGCUUCUAUUUAGUCAUUUGUAUUUUCAUUUACUUCUACUUUAUUUACCACGUUAUGCAAUGUUUGCAGUAUUUCUGUCUGGUUCUGCCUCUUGUCCUUACAUAAUCUCUUUUUUGGUAUUUAUUAUUUUCUUCGAAUGGAUUCACCUAGUUUAUUUUUAUGUGAUGUUUUUUUUCUUCUUUCGCGCUUCACUCACAUUUUUUCAAAUAUAUAUGAAUAAAUCAUCAAUCAUGUUUUAUGGUUGAAUAUGGCCUAUUAUUAAAUAUUUUAUUAAAUAUUUAAGCUAAUUUUAAUUUUUUUGCCAAAUUAUGUUUUUAAGCAUAAAAAUGGCUAAAUGAAGUAAAAUACAAAUAUAAGGCAUUCAAAAGACGCAUUCAAAUACAUGGAUUUUAGAUGUAGUAUUAUACACUGGUCACUAGGUGUCAGUAAUGUAACAUUGAUGAGACAAUAGCCACCACAGGCUGUACUGUACAGAACAGGAAGUAGAAAAAGAACAAGAAACUCCCAAUGCUAACGUGUGAUUCUGUAUUAUGUCUACUACAGUGGGUAAUAAGAGUGCAAAGGUGACUAUAGGGGUGUUAUUUCAUGUUUAGAAGGCUUUAAUAAUGUUUAAACCCAUAAUUAGAAGGUUGUAAACAGGUUAUCUAUGCUCUUAACUAUGAAAAUAUUCAAUUUAUAAAUAUCACUUCCAGUAGUUAACAUAAUUGACUACCACAGACGAAAUCUUCAUCAUAGCCCAUUUUUAUUCAUAUAAGAAAACAACCAGAACAGACAUGAAACACAAAUGUUACUCUUUUAUUGUAUUCCAUUUUCACUGGUUACAAUAAAUAAUCAUGGCUGUACACACAAAGACACACAGACUUUUCCAGGCGGUCAUCGGGACCCAAACAGAGUUUCAGUCAAAUCCGUUGUUGUUGUUGGAUUUGCGUCCAAACGGGCGUCUGUUCUUCUGCACCUGAAGCUUGAAAUACAAACAAUACAGUUUGUCACAUGACUGGCCUAUGUUUACGCUCACAGAUAUCAGUGUUUUUGUUGUGUUCA